CUGUCUAAGACCCUUCUGCACCAUUCAGAGGUAGAACUCUCUCCCUCCAAUACGCGGCAGUUUCUACGAGGAUUGGAUCGCAGGUUUUCUGUGAUCCCGUGGAGCUCUUGGAGUCAUGAACUAGGAUUUGAGUUCUGCAUUUCCAGGGAAUUAGGAUCAUCCGAGAGAAUGGCGUGCCGCGGGUUCUGGGAAUGCUUGCUGAAGCUUCUGAAUUUCUUGCUCACCCUGGCUGGGUUGGCCAUGGUGGGUUACGGAAUCUAUUUAUUCGUAGAGUGGAAGAGGAGCACCACCGACUUGAAUGCUGCAAUAAGCGAUGGGGUGCAGACGGCAGUACUUGGUCGACCGUUGCUGAUGAGCGUCCCGGUCUCGGCUAGCAUCCUUGAUGAUCUUCCCAAAGCUUGGUUUAUUCUUUUAUUUAUUGGCAUUGGAGUCAUCCUCUUUGUUGUUUCUUGCUUUGGCUGUAUUGGAUUAGCGACCAGGCGUGGCUGUUGCCUUUCUUGCUACUCCAUACUGGUGCUUCUAUUGAUCUUGGUGGAGCUUGCAUUUGCUGCUUUCAUAUAUUUUGACCACAGUUGGCAAGAUGUCAUUCCAACUGACAGCACUGGAGAUUUUGACAUGAUAUAUGAUUUUAUAGAAGAACACUGGAACAUUGCCAAGUGGGUUGCUCUUGGAGUUGUUAUCUUGGAGGUCCUAACAUUUUUAUUAGCCCUUGUGGUACGAGCAGUGAACAGUCCACCUGGAGAAUAUGACAGUGAUGACGAGUAUAUUGCUCCACGGCCUUGGAUGCAGCAACCAUUGCUUGGUGGUAGGCCAGGUGUCCCAGCAACUGGAGUUCCUACGCCUGCUGCUCCUGAUCAGCGCAUUGUGAGAAAUGAUGCUUGGAGCGCGAGAAUGAGAGAAAAGUAUGGCCUAGACACGGCAGAAUUCACAUAUAACCCCUCGGAAUCAAACCGAUUGCACCAACAGGCAGCACCACCGACUGAGGAAAGGAGUCGUUGCAUUAUAAUGUGAUUACUUGAAGGUUAUCUGAUUUCUAAAUGCCUUCCUGGGCAAUCGAAGGUCAUGAAGACAGAUUUCUGUAGCAACUUGUGGGAACACUUUUCGUGUGUAAGAUUACAUGGAAUUGGAGAUGUGUACAUUCCAUUUCGGCCCUUCCUUUUGUACGUCUGCUGUUAUCCUUGCCAGUCAUACUUUUUUGAGUAAACUUGGUGAUGUUUACUGGAGCGAGAUGGUUCUUGAUGUGAGUUUUCCAUAGCUGAGCUUUCCCAUGUGGGACGGCCAGAAACAAUUAGCCUUGGGCGAAAAGGAUAGAAGGAAACUUCUUUCCUUGUAAAACAAACCAUUAUCACCUUUGACCAUCAAUCAGGGUGAGAAAAUCUUGUAUUACUGAGAAUGUCCCCGCUGCGUCAAUGGUUGAGAAUGCAUUCUUCUUGCUCU